UAGCAGUCGGAUCACUAUGGGACAGCGAAGCGGUGGGACAAAGCCAUGCGGAUGAUAUUCCUGUAAAUGAGCGAAAAAAAGCAGGUCUGUUUGACUUCAGUGGGCGCAAACUGGGCGCAUGUAGGCAAGCUGCUGUAUGCGUAAAAGUGGGCCAAAAUGUUCCUCGUCCUGCUCCUGGGGCUCUACGUGGCCGCAGGAGAACUUGUCUCCUCAGUGAGCUCCUGUCCGUCGCAGUGCAGCUGUUUUUACCACAACCUGAGUGAUGGAUCAAAGGCCAGGAGCGUCAUUUGCAAUGAUCCCGAGAUAUCUCUUGUGCCUGUCGGGUUCCCUGUUGACACAUCCAAGCUGCGGAUUGAGAAGACAGCCAUCCAGCGGAUACCAAGCGAAGCCUUCAACUACCUCUCCAGUCUGGAAUUCCUGUGGAUGUCUUUCAACACGCUGUCCGCCUUGAAUCCAGAUAGUUUCCGGGGACUGUUCAACCUGGAGGAGCUUCGUCUGGACGGGAAUGCCCUCACCGCCUUUCCCUGGGAAUCCCUCAUGGAUAUGCCCAGCCUCAGACUUCUCGAUUUGCACAACAACCAGCUCACCUCGCUGCCAGCGGAGUCCACCACUUACAUCAAGAACCUCACCUACCUGGAUCUGUCCAGCAACAGCCUGCUGACUCUGCCGGCGGAGGUGCUCUCCACAUGGCUGGCGCCAAAACCCGUGCAAGGGCCAGAGAGCUCCAAAAUGAUACUUGGUCUCCACGACAACCCCUGGGUGUGCGACUGCCGGCUCUACGACCUGGUCCAGUUCCAGAAGUUCCCCACCCUCUCGGUGGCGUUCAUCGACACAAGGCUCCGGUGUUCGUCUCCAGAGAGCGUCUCCGGGGUCUUGUUCAGCGACGCGGAGCUGCGGCGCUGUCAGCUCCCGCGGAUCCACACGGCUGUGGCACGAGUCCGGAGCGCGGUUGGCAACAAUGUGCUCCUCCGCUGCGGGACCAUCGGGGUCCCCAUCCCUGACCUGUCGUGGCGCAGGGCAGACGGACGACUCCUUAACGGAACAGUCCAGCAGGAAAACUCAAAAGAGGGAAUCACCUGGUCCAUCCUCAGCGUCCCAGCUGUGUCCUUUCGUGAUUCGGGGAAAUAUAUCUGCAAGGCCGCUAACUACGCCGGGAACGCUGAGGCUGUAAUUUCUCUCGUGGUCUCUAACCCCGCGAAACCAGAGGGGAACCAAACCAGCAGCGACAAGAAAGCCAAAGUCAAGAAACCCAACCAGAUGGGCAAAGCUGCCUACCAGGAGAAACUGGUGGCCAGGUAUGUGGCUCCAACCUCCAGCCCUUCAGCCCUGCCUGCCAUGGAUCCAGGCCUUCCACCAGGUCCUGGCCCCGAUCCUGGAGUCGCCAGUUACAGCCUGGCUGACAGAGCCACCCCGGGGCCGGCCACCUCCUCCAACCCAGACGCCCUGCUGGACCUGGAGAAGACUAAUCUGAGCAACCUGGCGGCCAACACCUCGUCGCUGCAGCAGGACCCGGACAGGGUGGUCCGCUCGGUAAAAGUUGUGGGGGACACAGACAAUACGAUUUCUCUGAACUGGAGAGCCCCCAAGGCCAAGAACACAACAGCAUUUAGUGUGCUGUACGCCGUGUUUGGAGAGAGGGACAUGAGGAAGAUCAAUGUCGGCGCGGGGCAAAACCGUGUAACCAUCGAGGGUCUGGUGCCCAGGACCAAGUACAUUGCCUGUGUGUGUGUGAGGGGGCUGAUCCCCAAGAAGGAGCAGUGUGUCAUAUUUUCCACUGAUGAAGCAGCCAGUGCGACUGGCACGCAGAGGCUGAUCAAUGUGAUCGUGAUCACCGUGGCCUGCAUCAUCGCCGUCCCGCUCACUGUCAUCGUGUGCUGCGGGGCGCUGAAGAGGCGCAUUCAGAAGUACUGGGGAAAGAAGUCCAAGGACAUCCAAGAUUCAUACGUGACCUUUGAAACACUGUCGCCUGGCACGAAGGCCAAAGGGCUCGAGGGCGAGUAUUUGAACAGACUGAACCCAGAGGAGUCCAACAGGCUGCUGUCAGCCCGUUCCAGCCUGGACUCCGAGGCCACGGCUAAGAUAGAGGGACAGCCUAACGAGUACUUCUGCUGACAUCAUGCUCCAGCUCUGGCUCCUCCUCCACGCCACCUCCCUCGCUCCCACCCGCAUCCACGCCUCACCCCGAGCCCCAACACCCAUUCGCAUCACCAGCCCCAUCACCGCUCCCACCCCCAUCUCCACCCGCACCCGUACCCCCACCACUACCCCUACGCUCACCCUCAACAGCACCCUGACGUCAGCCCCCCUCCCACGCGCUCCCGCACGCCCACGCCAUGGGAUUCCCCGCCGCCAGUCCCUCCUCGCUGGAUCACGCCACCGACUCCGCCGCCACAGAGAGCCAACUUCUAUCAAAGGACUUUUGCACGCUGCACUAUAAUGGAAAUAUCAGUCUAGAGAAUAUUUAACAUUUUAAUUGUUUGUUUGUUUUUUCCAGACAUGUGUAGACUAUAUCAUGUUUCUUGCAGAUCGAGUGAAACUUGCUAGACUGUCAUACGUGUGUGCAAGCAUUGCUAGUAAGACAACAAUCAAACACGCUCACGCUUUUAUGUCUAAAAGAAUGUUUUUAUCACUAAGCCUGUAAGAGUAAAACGCGUCAAAAGCUGAAAGGUGAAAGAGCACCACGAUCAUUGUGAUUUAAAUCUCAUCUCACUUGCAUGGCCCAGCGAAGAAUCCUCUGCAACCCGAUCUGACUUAAAGGGAACUCAGCGGUCGUUACUCCAUUGUUUAUAUCCUAUGUGUAUGUGUAUGAUUUGUAUAUACAGUGCUGGGUGAUGUACACUUACAUAUACAGUUAAGUCUGUGCCUCUGUAUAUAUCUGUCAUAUGUUCUCAGAGAAGAUAUACACAUAGGCAUGGUUCAAGACGCUGGUGAAUGGAGAAAAAGCUGGAGCUGGAGAGAAGUACGGAAAGGACUGAACUAUGACACUUUGUAAAUAGGGUGGGAAUGAUGCAAAAAAAAAAAAAAGAAAAAAAAAGAAAUGUUAAACGAUUUCUAUUCCCAGCGAUGAGACACAUACUGAAAUAUC